UAGUGCAGUAAGUUAGGUCGUCCCAGAUGCAGUUGCAAAAUAAAACAAAAGUUGGCCUGCGUAAUAUGGAGUAUAGACUACUAGCACGUUUCUUCUUGUUUCCUUCCAAUUCUGGUAUAAGAUGUAAGGAAAACACACCAAUACUCCACAAGAUUAGUCAUUGUGAAAGAAGCUAAAGUCUUGUUUGUGAUGGAUCCAUUAUUGCCUUUCGUACCUCAUGUUGCCAUCUUCCCUUUCCCUGCACAAGGCCAUGUGAAUUCCAUGCUUAAACUUGCCCAACUUCUCUCUCUUUCAAACUUCCACAUCUCCUUUCUUGUCACCAUUGACACUCAUGACCGCCUUCUCAACCACACAGAUGUGAUGUCCCGGUUCAGUAGCGAGUUUCAUUUGCAGGCACUUCCUCAUGGAAUUUCUAUGGAUGGAAUCAAUACUCGUGAUGGAGUAUCGAAGCUCUACGAUUCUUUAAACACAAUUGCCAAACCGUUUCUUAGAGAGUUCUUAGUGAAUUCUCCUGUGACGUGUGUUAUUGCCGAUGGAAUCUUAAGCAUGGCGGCUGAUGUAGCUGAGGAAAUCAACUUGCCUAUCAUCUAUUUCCGUACCAUCAGUGCCUGUGCUUUCUGGUCAUAUUUUUGUAUCCCUGCGCUAAUUCAAGCUGGAGAGCUGCCCCUUAAAGAAAAUGCAAUGGACUUGACAGUGACUAAGGUAAAAGGCAUGGAAGACUUUCUGAGAGGUAGAGACCUUCCAAGCUUUUGCCGAGCGAGUGACUUAACUAGCCCGGAUUUCAGGCUAGUAAUGACCGAGACGCAACAAACUACUCGAGCUCGGGGACUCAUACUUAACACAUUUGAAGACCUUGAGGGCCCCAUACUUUCUCAAAUUCGAACUGUGUGUCCAAAUAUUUACACAAUUGGCGCAAUUCAUGCCCUUCUAAAGGCUAGACUCACAACAAAAUCUACCUCUUCAAACAGUUUGUGGCAAGAAGAUGAGAGUUGCAUGAGUUGGCUCGACAUGCAUCCACCAAAAUCUGUGAUAUAUGUCAGUUUUGGAAGCAUCGCAGGGGUGACACAAGAGGAUUUGUUCGAGUUUUGGUAUGGGUUAGUAAAUAGUGAACAAAAGUUCUUAUGGGUGAUGAGGCCAGACUUGAUAAUUGGACAAGAAGAAAAAUGUCAGAUUCCGGUCGAGCUGGAGCAGGGUACAAAGGAACGGGGCUACAUGACUGAUUGGGUCCCACAAGAAAAGGUGUUGGCACAUACGGCGAUUGGGGGUUUCUUGACUCACUCUGGAUGGAAUUCUACAUUGGAAAGUAUAGUUGAAGGAGUGCCUAUGAUUUGCUGGCCAAGAUUUGCUGAUCAGCAAGUGAAUAGUAGAUUCGUUAGCGAGGUUUGGAAGAUGGGAUUGGACAUAAAAGAUACAUGUGACAGAGACAUCAUUGGGAAAUCGAUUAGAGAUCUGAUGGAGAAGAGAAUAGGUGAAUUCUUACAAAGAGCAGAGCACAUGGCAAGUUUGGGAAAAAGAGCUGUCAAUGAAGGUGGAUCGUCGUACGUUAAUCUGGACCGUCUUAUACAGGACAUAAGAUUGAUGAUUCCGCCAAUGAGACAGAGCUGAAACUUGAUUUUUUUAAGCGUUUGUUAGCUGGGAUUAAAUUGUUGCCUAAAAAUUGCAGAUAUAUUCCUGAAUAAUUACUCGAGCAACAAAUGUAGCUUCAUUUUU